AUGGCCGAGGUGCAGGCGGAAGUCCACACGUUUUGGCCCUCUAGGGCCGCUCUUUCUCUCUUGGCGGCUGGGCUCUCGAUGGUGGCCUCCCAGGCCGGGGUGGCAUCGAGCGUGUUUCGCUCACUAGCAGUGAAGGAGUUCCUGCACUCGCCCAGUGGGGGGAGGGGCUUGAUAUGUUUUUUCCAGGACCCUCUCUUUGUAGUCCGAGGCGAGGUGCAGAAAGCGGUGAAUACGGCCCGUGUGUACCGGCGCUGGGGUGAGCUCCUGCGGGGAAGCGCUGUAGCUGGGCGGGAAGAGCUCGACUGGACCGCCAAUGAGCGCCGAAACGGCCUGCAAAGCAUUGAGUGGGACCUCGGGAACCUGGAAGAAAUGGUCGAUGUGCUGGGAGAUCAACAGCUGGAAAUGGUGUUUGGGAGCAUCCAGGUUCUGAAACACAUGUUGGGUCAUGUUGGGGAGGAGGGCCAUGGCAUUGGUGGCAUACUGGAUGCCUUUACUCAUGAACUAGACCACAGAGUCUCAGAUGGAUGGGUCCUCAGAAAGAUGGCUAGUGUCCCACACGAUGAGUGAUGAGUUCUCUUUGGUAGGGUUUAAAGCCUGGGAUGUGAGUAGGAGGGAGUAGCUGGUGGUGCCUUGUCUUCUUGACUUCUGACCCUUUUGUCUUCAGACAACAAUGGUGUGCCAUUGUGGUGCUUGUGUGGUUUUUCCGGUCCUGAUUCUACUCCCCUUUCUCUGACUUGGGAUGUCCCUGUCUACUGGAAAGAGGGAGUGAACCUGGAGGGCCAACCCAAGGAUCUCUUCCAGAACUAGUAGGAUCUUUAGGCCCUAGGUUGGACCCUGAGCUUCUGACACUGCAUUUAUAGGGUGAUGAUUUGGGAAGACCUUGCACAAACUGCCCCAAAUCUACCCUCCUCCUUGCCUUCUAAUCGUUCCAAUAGAAAUAAAAUCCAGUAUUAAAUUUAAAAAUAUAUAAAUAAAUAAAUAAAAUGUACCGUACAGCGUUGAUUCAAGCUUUGGAUGUUCUCUUUUAGAAGGCUUUUCUAAGCUUCCUGCUCACUCUCCGGUAUCUGUGUAUGUUGGGAAUUCAAGUGCCAAUAUUUGAUACAGAAAAGAUUUUGGUCUCUUUUUUAAAAAAAGUCUAUUGUUAGUGUGUAGGCACAUGUUCCAUGCGACAUGAGGUCACAUAACUUUGUGAAGUGAGUUCUUUCCUACCUUUACAUGGCUCUGGGGAUCCAAGACAGGUCACUAGGCUUGUGUAGCAAGUGCCUUUUUCUGAUGAGCCAUCCCACUUGCCUCAAACUAUUUCCCAAGGGCUGAGUAUGGGCUUUCUUUUCCUAUACCACAAUAUAAGCUCCUGGUCUCAGCGAAACAUAGGAUUGGAAGGCAGGGGCCAAAGGGUCAUAAGUCAUAGGCCAACCUAAGCUGUUAGGGAGCUGUUUCAUAAAUCACAAACCAAACCAACCUUCUAAUCCCAGGUGCUCCUGGUAAUUUUCAUUAUCUUCACAAGAAUGUACCCCUACAGACAAACUCCUCACAGAGGGGGGUAGGCUUGGGCUAGUCUGAUGGCACAGAGAAGGCCAGUGACUUGAUGAGACCUGAGCACCAAACCCCCAACGUCCUCUUUAGAAGACUUUUAAGUAGCCCAGGCUACUCUCAGACUUGCCAUGUCUUGCUUUCAACCCCUCUGGGUGUGAGCCACUAUGGUUUCCCCAUGCUUCUUUGUUCUUCUGGCCUCUUGGGAUCCUGGGACUCAGUGCCUUCUGCAUGCUCCUCUGCCACAGAGCCCCUGGCUGUUUUCCAGGUGCACUUGUGCUCCUGGUGGGUGGCCAGCACAUCCCUCUCCAGUGAGCACAGCACAGCAGGGCUGUUACAAAGGCGUCUUCUUUAUUCUUAUCAGCAUCACUGACUCUCAGGGUUCACAUUUCCCAACACCGCUCCUCUCCGUACAGUAGUUAAUGUGCAAUCUCACUUGUGGGCCUGGGAGGGGUGGGGGCUUGGCUCUGGGUGGGGAGGGCAUUGGCACUUCACAUGGGCCAGUGGGUGAUGGCCUGUCCCCAUGAGAGGCAUGGUUGGGUGGGAGGGUGGCCACUGGGUUUGCCCCUAGUUGUCUUUCCUGCUAGGUGGGUUACUUUGUCACUCUCCUGGGUACUUGGGGUGGGGAGCAUGCAGCUCUCAGGAGGGCAGGGCAAGCAGCUGACCGCCAGAGGAGGGGCGCAGGGGUGGCUCCUGAGGUAAGGCACAACCCUGUCUUUGGCUCUCCUAGUGAGUAGUUUUCUCCCCUGCACCCCUGGCUUUAUACCUCCCCCACCCCAAGCCCCGGGAGUCAGGGCCACCUCCUGAGGUGCUUGGAACCAAUGGGCUCUGCUGCCCACUCUACUACAAGACCUCUCAGUCCCAUGGAGCUGCCCCCUUACUAAUUCUGGGCAGGGAGCACAGCCUGCCCUCACCAUGGCCAGGCUCAGCUGCUUGCCAAGUUACCAGGAGAUUGUGCUUUGGGAUCUUCGCUGGGGGAGGUGGGACAACAGGCCAGGGCAAGGGUGGAGGGAGGGGGUAUGACUAAGGUGCUUGUGCUUUAGCUAGGGGUGUCAACUCCCCUCCACUUGGCCACCCAGGGCUAAGGUACUGGGGGCCAAGUCAGACCCAACACCCCACCCUCACCAUCAGAUGUUAAGAGGGACCCUGGCAGAUUAGAGGGUGCUGCUGGCCUGGAGGCAGGUCUCCAGAUCUGACUCAAAAGGCUCCAUCCCACCUUCUCCAAUCCUGCAACCCCCUGCCUCUGAAGAGGCAGCUAGAAUGCAGAGUUGGGAAGAGGGAGGGAGGUCAGGGCUAGAACAGAACCAGUGAGAUGGUGAAAUGACAUUAAUGGAGGGGGUAACAAAAACCCUGUGCUCACAUAUUAAACUCAGAAACCCAAGAGCUUGCUCCUGGAGAGUUAGAGUGGAAAGGAACGGCCAGAGAAAGCUCCACAAACCACCAACAAUGGAUGUGGACCCUGCCCUGCCUCAUCCCCCAGGAGUGGGCUCAGCCAACUGGGGACCUGUGAACACCCU